UUCGGUCUAUGUGCUGAAAGAGGAAACAUAGGCGUUACCGUCAAUGAUCUACCUCGGGUCUAACAUGGAGCAGGUCAGGCCUGGACCCACUGCAUCAUUGACUUAAGGCGAAGGUUACCCAGUUGUGAAAUCUUCUCUCUCUUGUCAUUUGAUCCUAUUAUUUGCUUCAAUAUCAUAACAUAAUUGUCAAAAUGCCUCCACCUCCACCAGAGUGGGUUAAGAAGUUGACGCCUUCAGGGCCACAGGGUAGCGAGCUUCUCAAGCAGGAGCGUGGGAGAUCCAAUCUCCCUGUCGAGGAGCUUUCAACCUUUCUAUUCGGAAAUGAAGCUCGGGAGCGUAAACAGCGUAUUCUGAAGGUCCUAGAGUCUGAUGAGGCAUUCGACAAGUCUCAGAACUAUUUCGCUGGUAGAGUCGAUCGAUUCGAGACAGCUCUCGCGCGUGCCAAGAGACUUGCUCAGAUCUCUGCAAAGAACAACUGGUCGUAUGAUGAGCACUACACAGCUGUCGAUCUCAUCAGCGAGCCUGGCCCAUAUGGUCUUCAUGAUAGCAUGUUUCUGAAAACGCUCCAGGAACAGGGAACUCCAGAACAGCACAAGCUCUUCCUUGAGAAAGCACGGAAAUACGAGUAUAUAGGAUGCUACGCUCAAACCGAGCUUGGCCAUGGUUCAAAUGUCCGUGGACUUGAGACUGUGGCUGUCUGGGAUCCCUCUGACAAGACCUUUGUGAUUCAUUCACCACAUCUCACUGCAAGCAAGUGGUGGAUUGGAUCCCUGGGCCGAACUGCUAACCAUGCUGUUGUCAUGGCACAAUUGAUUAUCAAUGGAAAGCCAUAUGGACCCCAUCCUUUCGUGGUUCAGAUUCGGGACCUCAAGACACACCAACCCCUCGAGAACAUCUAUGUUGGAGACAUUGGCCCUAAGUUUGGUUACAAUACCAUGGACAACGGUUUCUUACUCUUCAAUAAGGUUAAGAUUCCCCACCGGAACAUGCUGGCAAGAUUCUCUGGCGUUGACCCCAACACCAACAAGUACAUCCAGCCAAGCAGAGCCACCUUAGUGUAUGGCACCCUUACCUUCAUCCGCAGCAGCAUCGUCAUGCAAGCUGGAGGUGUUCUGGCGCGGGGUGUGACCAUUGCUGUGCGCUACUGUGCAAUCCGAAGACAGUUCCAGGAUCGUGACGCAAAAGAUCAACGGGGAGAGACUCCGGUUCUCAACUACCGCAUGGUUCAAGUCCGUCUCUUGACCCUACUUGCUGCGACAUAUGCUCUACAUUUCACUGGUAAGGCCAUGAUGGAGCUGUACCAGGAAAACCAAAAGGCUGUGAAUAAGGAGAAAACCGAGGAAAGCAAUCCUCGUGGUGCCGGUCCGGAAGAAACAUCACCAGGAAGCGAUCUGGUAGCCGACCUCCACGCCACGUCCUGUGGUCUCAAGUCUCUUGCAAGUAGCACUGCUGCUGAAGGCCUGGAGGUAUGCCGACGUGCCUGUGGUGGUCACGGGUACAGCAGUUUCAGCGGUAUCGGUCCCUGGUACGCCGACUACCUCCCUACCACGACAUGGGAAGGCGACAAUUACAUGCUGACCCAGCAAGUCGCCCGCUAUCUCCUCAAAGCCGCCCGGUCCGUUCUCAACGGCGAGCGUCCCACCAACGACACCACUCGCAUUCUCACCAACUUCCACACGAAGCGCGACAUUGGUGCCGCCUUCGACAUCGGCUCCAAGGACGAAGACAUUGUUGCAGCAUUUGCCUGGCGCACCUCGUACCUGACCUUUGAAGCCCUGCGCCACCGCGACGUUGAGAAGAAGUCGUGGAAUGAGCUCCUAGUCGACUUCUACCGCCUCUCGCGCGCCCAUUCGCAGUAUCUCGUCGUCAAGAACUUCUAUGCCACCCUCAGUGCCGGAAACACACGCGCGGAGCUCUCCAACGAGACGACGGCGCUCCUGCAUAAGCUCUUCCGCUUGUAUGCGCUGCACACGCUCGAGAGCGAGGCGAGCGAGUUCUUCACGAGUGGUGCGUGUACCGUUAAGCAGAUCCAGCUGACGCGCGCGACUGCCGUUAUGAGACUGCUUGAGGAGAUCAGGCCACAUGCGGUCCGCCUGGUGGAUGCUUGGGACUUCCCGGAUUGGCAGUUGGAUAGCAGUUUGGGACGAUAUGACGGAAAGGUGUACGAGGACAUGUUUUACCGCGCGAGUCAGCUCAACCCGCUGAACGAUGUCACGAUCAACCCAUUCCCCAAUGACAAGACGCUAUUCCAGAGCAAGUUGUAAAUACGAUAGGGGGCAUUCUAGAAGGCUCAACACGGACCUGUUCAUAGUGUUGCUGUACGAUAGGGAGUUUUUGGGAUAGAAUUUUCAUUUAGAUUCUGGAUAACCAGGGCGUCUCACCAUGAAGUCAGUCCCAGGAGCACAUAACCAAUCUCAUUAAUUGCU